GGGGGGGCAGCGAGCCCCAGCGCGAGCGGCGCCAGCGCGAGGCCCCGGCUCCCUCAGCUCAGCUCAGGCCGUGUGAAAUAUGGGCGACGACAGGCCGUUCGUGUGCGGUGCCCCGGGCUGCGGACAGAGGUUCACAAACGAGGACCACCUGGCGGUUCAUAAACACAAGCAUGAGAUGACAUUGAAAUUCGGCCCCGCUCGCACCGACUCCGUCAUCAUCGCAGAUCAGACUCCGACCCCGACUCGGUUCCUGAAGAACUGUGAGGAGGUGGGACUCUUCAAUGAGCUGGCGAGUUCCUUCGAGCACGAGUUCAAGAAAGCUGCUGAGGAUGAUGAGAAAAAGAGCGCCGGAGCCCUGGACAUGUCCCUGCCCUCCACUCCGGAGAUCAAGAUCAAGGAGGAGGAGCCGGUGGAGGUGGACUCGUCCCCACCAGACAGCCCCGUGUCCCACCCACGGUCACCCCAGCACAAGGAGAAGGAGAUCCCCUCCAAGCCCGUCAUCCUCUCCACGCCCACUCCCACCAUCGUGCGCCCCGGCUCGCUGCCCCUGCACCUGGGCUACGACCCCCUGCACCCCACACUGCCAUCCCCCACCUCUGUCAUCACCCAGGCCCCCCCCUCCAACAGACAGCUGGGGUCUCCCACAGGUUCCCUCCCGCUCGUCGUGCAGCUCGCCAACGGCCAGACCGUGCCCGUGCUCCCCGGCCCCCCCGUCCAGAUGCCUUCUGUCAUAUCGCUGGCUCGGCCGAUGUCCAUGGUGCCGAACAUUCCCGGGAUUCCUGGGCCUCCCAUCAACAGCAGCGGGUCCAUUUCCCCGUCAGGACUCCCAGUGCACUCCGAAGCCAAAAUGAGGCUGAAGGCCAGCCUGACGGCCUCCUCCUCGCUGAACGGCAGCAACCUGGUGGUGGGCUCAGCCAGCACGAUGGUGACGGCGCGUCCGGAGCAGAGCCAGAUCCUCGUCCAGCACCCCGACGCCCCUUCCCCGGCUCAGCCACAGGUGUCCCCCGCCCAGCCCACCCCCAGCACGGGCGGGCGCCGCAAGCGCACGGUGGACGAGGAUCCGGACGAGCGCCGGCAGCGGUUCCUGGAGCGCAACCGGGCGGCCGCCUCCCGCUGCCGGCAGAAACGCAAGCUCUGGGUGUCCUCCCUGGAGAAGAAAGCCGAGGAACUCACCACCCAGAACAUCCAGCUGAGCAAUGAAGUGACGCUGCUGAGGAACGAGGUGGCCCAGCUCAAGCAGCUGCUCCUGGCCCACAAGGACUGUCCUGUCACGGCGCUGCAGAAGAAGACACAGGGCUACCUGGAGAGCCCGAAGGAGAGCUCGGAGCCCACGGGCUCCCCCGCGCCCGUCAUCCAGCACAGCUCCGCGUCGGCCGCCCCGAACGGGCUCAGCGUGCGCUCGGCGGCCGAGGCCGUGGCCACCUCAGUGCUGACGCAGAUGGCCGGGCAAAGGACAGAGCUGGGCCUGCCCUCCCACGUCAUCAUGGCCCCACAGUCCCAGUCUGCCGGCAGAUGAUGGCCCGGAGCCGAGCACAGACUGACCACGGCCCCUGGCCCUGCCCAGGGCGGGCCCACGAGGAUUUUCAUUUCUUUUUUUUUGGUUUCUUUUUUUUUUUGGGAUUUUUUUUGUUUUGUUUUGUUUUGUUUUUUUUGAGUUAAGGGCAGCUCUGGCGCUUUCCCACUGCACAGCCUGUACAGCCCCGGCCCCGCGGGCCGAGCGCUGCCCUCGGUCCCUCAGAGCCCCCCCAGCUCCCAGAGCCCCCUCUGAGAGCACCUGGAAAGGUGGGCUGGCAGGGAUCUGUUACAGUAACACUAAACCUCCGUGCCGGGGAUCCCCUCGGCACAGUCCCUGCUCCAAGCCCCCUCUCCCUGCCCCUCACCCUCAGCAGAGGGGCUCGGGGGGGCUCUGACACUCAGUGCUGCUCCCAAGGCGUCUGCUCAUCCCCGCUCCCUCUCCCUCAAACGUUGCACCUUGGCACAGGAGCCUCCUGGAGCUCUGAGCUUAACGGGGGAUCGGGGUCGGUCUCCUCGCUCCCAAAUUCCAGCGGUGGAUCUCGGACACGGCGGGAGCGUGAGCGCCGUGGAUUUGGCUGGGAGAAGGGGACGACGCGUUCCCGGUCGCUGCUCCCGCACCAGGGGCUGGGAAAGGUACGGCCUGUCCAGGCAGCCACGGGGCUGCUCCCGUCUUCCCUACGGCAAACCAGUGCUGAUGGGCAUCCACAGGGACCGGGCGCUCUGGGAUUCAGGGAUGGACCCAGCAGGCAGCGACGUGUGAGUCCCCAAAUCCGGCAUCCGGCCCCAGCUCCGCCGCACACCUGAGCAAAACCCACCCCUGCCUCCCCAGGGAUCACCUCCCACACACAUGACCUCGAUGACCUUAAUAAUGGUGGCCUUAAAUCGUGGAUUAAGUUGCCUGUUCCGAGGGGAGGGAGCACGGGAUGGCGUCUCUGCCCGCUCUUUUGCCUCUUCCUCGCGAUGAUGUUCCGCUCGCGGCGACGGAGCGUCCGUUGCUUCCCAGCCAGAGCAAACAAAGGAUUCACGGAGCUUCCAGUUCAUAGGGCAGGUUAAGAACCCACCCUCCGUGUUGGGAGACUCUUGGAAUUGGGUCUGUUUUCCUGCCAGGUGGGCGCUGGGCACCUGUGUGUCCGUGUGUGUCCGUCUGUGCUUCCCGAGGUGCCGAUUGGAGCCGGUAGUUUGGAAAUGGGAAGGAGUUUCACGUGAGUUCAGGCUCUUGGAAGGAAUCUCGUCCCAGUCCGUGGAGCUGCAUCAGCCCUUGGUCUUCCUCCCCCUCCCAGGUUCCUCCUCAGCCAAACCCUCCUCCCCCUCAGGUCGCACUUCGCCACUUUGGAGCCAAGUUGGUUUGUCCAAGUGAUUUUUCUUUGGCUUCCCCAGACUUGGAAGGUUUCCAGGGACAGCAAAACCCAAAGCAAAGGCUGAGCAGGAAACCUGGGACCUCAUCACGGAUGGGGAAGUCCAGUGGUUUGGGUUUUUCCGUGGAUGGGAUCUGUCUUCUCCCUCUCCCUCUCUCCCAGGUCUUCCUCACCUCUGCGGCCGUACCGACCACACGCGGCCUGGGGUUGGUUGUGUUGCUGCUCCUUCACUCCCCUCUGUUCUCUUGCUCAUCCCAACUCCUGUCUGUGAUUGGGAUCACAUCCAACCUCUGGUUUGGAUCCCACACAGCCCCCCAGACCCGCCUAUCCCUCCUGUAAAGCUGUUCCUGCACAGCCCAUGGGUUCACAGAUGUUUCCACCGUUCCUCGUCCCAUCCCGGGACGUGGCCCCUCCUGGGCCAUCCCAGCGCUCAGCUCUGCAGGAAAACUUGUCCCUCUGGGAAAAGUGUUGGUGGGAAGGGGAAGGAAGGAAGGAAUUGAGCUCUGGGCUGGUCCCACUGCUGGUUCCCUGUUUGCUGUGGGGUCUGGGGGGAAGGAGAGGCAAAGGGGCUUCACUGGCAGGAUCAGGGGUGGAAAAUCUGGGACAGUGUUUGGAUCAAAGGCAGCAGCUUCCCCAGCCUCUUGUUUUACCCUUGGGGAGUAAAAUUGUCUGAUUUUGUGUGAUGGGAGAGCCGAGCCUGCAGCUCACGGAGGGCUUUUCCUGCCUCAGCACUCCAGGGAAUCCUGGUGGCCCCACCAGGAUGGGGGUGCAGGAGCAGCUUUUCUCCCCCUCCCUCCAUGCCCCGGUGCCACCCCAUUCCCACAUCUCCCAUCGCCAGUGCUUUAGUGCCUUGAAAAUUCUGCAAAUCCAGGAAAAGGCGGUUGGAAAGCUCCAAACCUGGGCAGGGAACAAGCAUUUGGCCAUACCUGGACUUAACUGUUGCUUCAGUCGCAGGGUUGGAGCUCCCUGUGCCCCUUUCAGGUGUGUUUUACCUCAAAGGCUGCCCUGGAAGCAGAUCCCAGAGAGGGCUCAGGUCCCAUUUCUCCUGCUGGGAUGGAGCUGGAUGGUGCAAAGCAGGAAUCCACAGGGAUCCAGCCUCAGGAGGAUCCUCUACUCCCAUCCAGGUGAUGGGUGAUGUCCCAGGAGUCACUCUGGGGCACGGGGGUGAUGCUCAUCCCUCGCUGGGGUCUCGGCAGAGCCACCCAAAACCUGGGAAGGGGCUGAAGGUCCCCUCUGAAGGAGGUGGAAGGUUCAAGGGGUGACUCCUCCAGCCCCUCAGGCUGAUGGAGCAGCCACCUGUUGAUCCAUCAGGCUGUCUGGGUGAGGAGAUCCAGGGUCAGGGUGGUCUCUGCUCCCAGGGAGCCUUUGGGCUCCAGGGAGUGUAAUUUUCUCCCCAAACUGCUGGGAAGAGCUGGUUUGUGCCCCUCAUCAUCCUCCCCUUCCUCAUGGCCUCCCCUUGGGAGCAGUUCCCUCUCCAGGCUGGCUUGGUGCUGGGGAUGUGCAGGGAGUUGGGGGUGUUUUCUUGGGUGGGAAGUCAGAUUUUCUGUCAGGUCAGUUGUGCUGGGUCCCCCUGUGAGGACAGGUGGGAUGAAGGUGGCAUUUUCUCCUCCUCCUCCUCCCCUUGCUGGUUCAGCUCUUGCCUGAAGACCUUGUGGACGCCUUUGGGGCAAAACAACCUGCUUUCUGCCCCGUGGUGAUUUUUCCUGCUUUUCCAAGGCUCCCGGGGGUUGGCAGCCCCCAGCCCCGCUCGGCAGUGCCGGGCACCUGCACUUUGCUCUGCCAGCCCUGGGCUCCCCUGGAAUCCUGAGGUGUCCCAGGGCUUCCACUUGCCCCCCACUCCCGAUCCCAUCCCGUGUUCCGAUCCCCGGGACCUCCAUCCCUCUGCCAGGGCCUGAAAUGGGGGGAGGGUGGCACGGGGGCUCCUCAGGGGAGCCCUGCAGGGUUGAAAGGGCUCCUUUGUGUUGGGGUCGAGCUUGGGGGGGAGCCCAGACAGCAGGAGCAGCCCGUGGGAGUCGAGUUUGACCGAUUUUUAUCGUUACUGUAACACUGAAUAGGAACAAAUGGCUGAAAACCACGGCCCGGGGGAGUUCGUGAUGAGGGAGCUCCUACUCCUUCCCUCCUCUCCCUCUGGCAGAGAUGAAAUUCUCCUCGUCGGCUUCCAAAUCCCUCAGGACCGGGCGGGUGGGAAGGGUUGGUGGCGCAUUUCCCCACCACCACCAAGACUGGUCGGUCCCUGGUUCGGGAAUUGGGCGGCUCAGGUGGGAAAUUGUGCCAUUUUCGGACUCUUUGGACCCGUUUCUCUUCGGUUCCCCCCGCCCAGCUCCGUGCACACGAGCCCAGGAGGCGACAGAGGGACGCGGGAGGAGGGUCCUGGGCGUUCCCCCCCUACCCCCUGCCCUCACCCAGCUGCUUUGUACCACGAGCUUUGACGAUCAAUAAUGGAAGAAGCCAAAAAAAAAAAAAAAGAACACCCCCUCCUCCCUCCCCGCCCCGAGAAGCGUAACCGUGUAGUAUCUAUCAGUCCAUAUCGACGCGUAUAUGCACCCAUAUAUCGUAGAUCGGCCGCCGCCGCGGGGCAGCUCCUUUUUAGCUGAAAAUCCCCCCCCCCAAAAAAAAACCCCACCCUCCGCAGCCCCCGAGGGACCCCCCUCCGCACGGGCUCCUGUGAGCGGGUCCUCACAGCCCCGCGGGGGCCCGGGGACGCGGGGCAGGGGACCCGAGGGACACGUCCCAAACCUCCACACCCCCCUCGGCCGUGUCGUACCAAACAUGUAACGUGCCUUUUAUUUAUGCUGCAAAUAUAACAUUAAAAUAUUACCCAGGA